AUGGGGUCGAAGAGUCGGUCUUCAGGUGUAGCCAGAGGGGAAAGGUCGGGGCGGUCGCUGGGAGGUAGUUCGGGUAGCCGGCAGGAACGACUCCGUUACACGAAGAGCAGUGGUCGCAGCAGCACUUCGAAGAAGAUUGUUACCAGUAGCUCCUCUAAAGUUGUGCCUUUUUCGCAACGACGGCGAGCGGUAAUCCAUCGCUCAUCGCCGUUGAGAAAAUCGAAACCAUCACCGGUCAACGAACUCGACAUAUUAGCACUAAGUCAAAAGGAGCAACAAUCAAAAUCAGGAAACCGUGGAAAAGAUGGCAUUCAGGAUCGUCCUGAAAGAGCGCAAUAUCGCCAGUUUGCUGGCACAAUGGAUAAGCGUGGAUUUUGGGGUUCAAGAAACAGUGGAUUUGGAAUGAGGCAAGGAAUGGACUAUCGUCGCACUCCGAUGUAUCCGCUACGACGCGGCAUUGGAGGAGGCGACUUGGCUGAUCAACGUACACAUAUCGGACGUAAUGGACGGCAUUCUUAUCAGCGAGCUACUGAGCAAAAUAAAUCAAUGAACGAUGAAGAGAAGCCGGUGAUGAAUUUGUUCGAUCCAUGUAAAGUUCCUACAGGACGCUCCUACUUUACGCAUGAUGAUCGAGCUACAAAGCCAGCACGCAUUUCUCGGUCAAGAUAUUCAACUUCUGGUGAUAGUGGUUGGCAAUCGUUACCAGUCGGCUGGCGGAAUGUCCGAAAGGUGCGAAGAAACGAUGAUGCCCUCAACGACGAUAAUUAUGUAUCUUAUCAUAAAAAGCGCUCUGAGAGAAAUCCAGCUGAUGAAGUGUGGAAACAUGACAUGUUUGAAUGCGAAGAAAGUGAAGGAACUCAGAUUGCGCAUGUUCGAGAUCAGUCGUAG